AUGGCCCCCCAGCUCGACGGUUUCUUCAAGCAAGUCGAUAGCUCGGCUGACCACUUCAUCGAGCGCCUGCGCAAGGCUGUCGCCAUUCCGUCUAUCUCAGCUGAGGAUGCCCGUCGCCCUGAUGUCGUUCGUAUGGGAGAGUGGCUCGGCGAGGAGUUGAAAGCUCUUGGAGCCUCUGUAGAGCUUCGGCCCCUUGGGAAGCAGCCUCAUAAGGAGUAUCUCGACUUGCCUCCCGUUGUCCUUGCACGAUACGGAAGCGACAAGAACAAGCGUACUAUCCUCGUCUAUGGACAUUACGACGUCCAGCCUGCGGAAAAGAGCGACGGGUGGGCUACUGAGCCAUUUGACCUUACUGUCGACGAAAAGGGUCGUAUGUUUGGCCGUGGAGCUACAGAUGACAAGGGUCCUGUUCUAGGCUGGUUAAAUGCUAUCGAGGCUCACCAAAAGGCUGGCGUUGAAUUCCCUGUCAACCUGCUGAUGUGCUUCGAGGGUAUGGAGGAAUACGGUUCUGAAGGCCUCGAUGACCUCAUCAAGGAAGAGGCUAAGAAGUACUUUGCUGAUGCCGAGGCUGUCUGCAUAUCUGAUAACUACUGGCUCGGUACCGAGAAGCCAUGCUUAACUUACGGUCUUCGUGGUUGCAACUACUACUCAGUUGAGAUCUCCGGCCCUGGCGCCGAUCUUCACAGUGGUGUCUUUGGCGGUACCGCCCAGGAGCCCAUGACUGACCUCGUUAGAGUCCUGGGAUCUCUGGUCAACACUGGCGGCGAGAUCCAGAUUCCCGGUAUUAAAGAGCAGGUUGCACCUGUCACGGCGGAUGAGGAGGGUCUCUAUGAUGGAAUUUCAUUCACUAUGGACAAUAUUCAUGAGUCCCUGGGUAGCAAGACCACCAUCUUCGAUGAUAAGAAGCGUACUCUGAUGGGUCGCUGGAGAUACCCAUCCCUGUCUAUUCAUGGUGUUGAGGGUGCUUUCUCUGCUCCUGGAGCUAAGACUGUUAUUCCUGCCAAGGUUAUUGGAAAGUUCUCUAUCCGAACUGUUCCCGACAUGGACAUUGACAAGACCAACGAGGCUGUGUACAAAUAUGUUGAGGAGCAGUUUGCCAAGCUUGGCAGCAAGAACACCCUCAAGGUGUAUGCUCAGCAUACUGGUAAGUGGUGGGUUGCAUCACCAAAACACUGGAACUUCUCGGCUGCAGCCAAAGCUGUCGAACGUGUGUGGGGUGUCGAGCCCGAUUAUACUCGCGAAGGUGGAAGCAUCCCUGUUACCCUGACAUUUGAGGAGGCCACAGGCAAGAAUGUUCUUUUGCUUCCCAUGGGUAGCUCGACAGACGGCGCUCACUCUAUCAACGAGAAGCUCGACAAGCGCAACUACAUUGAGGGUAUUAAGCUGCUUGGCGCUUAUCUACACUAUGUUGCUGAGGAGCCUCAGUCUUAA